AUGGCCGAGGAAGAGUUUGCGUCUGGCGGCGAACACCCCAUCCCCGAGUCGCUAGUUUCGCCUCCGAAUCCACCAUCUCCAGCGAGCAAAGCGGGAAUGAAUCCCCUCCUGCUGAAGCCCGAAUGCAAAACAGCUCUCUCAGACUUUAUUCGCAUAUUCUCCUUUUCGACUUGGCUCGACAGGGUACUUGUCAGCGCAGCUGUUGCGACCUCUAUAGGCGCGGGCAUUACUAUGCCCCUCAUGAACAUGAUUUUUGGCAGAAUGGUGGGAUCCUUCACGGGAUACUACGGUGCCGAUGCUUCAACAACAUAUGAGCUCUUCAAAAACGCCAUAAGUAGCUGCGCUUGGAGCUUGACCUUGGUCACGAGCAGUGGUCUUGUGUUGAUCAUAGUGGUCUAUGCUGCAACUACCCCUUUUCUCGUCAAGCACAUGAAUGGCGUACAAUAUGCUGAUCUCCAGGCAUCUAUAGUUGCAAAAGAGGUAUUCAGCUCCAUAAGAAUGAUUGCAGCCUGUGGUGCACAGGAGAAGAUGGCUAAAAGGUAUGUCAAAUGGGUGGACGAUUCUCGUCAUCGGGGGUUGAAAAUGUCUCCCAUCAUCGCGCUGCAGCAAGCGCCAGUACAGUUUUCGAUAUACGCGACUUUCGCCCUUUCAUUUUGGUACUCGAUUAGAAUGUACUACGAGCUUCGCUUCAACAGCGCAGAGACCUUGGUUGUGUGCGUAACUACGAUACUCCCCGCCAUGUUCACUGCCAAAUACUGGACAAAUUUGGGUUACUCAACCAUUGUCGGCGAUGCAGGCAUCAAACUGAGUGGUGGCCAACGUCAACGAAUAGCAAUCGCUCGAAGCAUUGUAAAGCGCCCGAAAAUUCUCAUUCUGGACGAGGCGACCUCUUCUAUUGACGUUCGCGGGGAACAGGUGGUACAGGCAGCCUUGGAAAAAGUGUCGAAGGAUCGCACAACUAUAAUGAUUGCACACCGGCUUGGAACCGUCAAGAAGGCUGACAACAUCAUAGUUCUGCAGAAAGGCCAGGCUAUUCAGCAAGGCACGCACUCGGACCUCUUAGCCGAGGAGGGAGGAGCAUACUGGGCACUUGCUACCUCACAGAAGCUUGUGGUAGAUUCAACCGAUCCCAAAGAGCUACCGAGCGGCCUUGGUAGUAAGGUGGAGGAUACGGAAGUCAACACACCAACAGUCAAUUCAGAGAGUCCGGUAAUAACAACAGACGCCAGUGUUGAUGAUGAGCUCAUUACGACAAGCCGCCUGAGAAAAUACAUGCUCCUCAUCUGCGAGCAGAAAGAGCACUGGAAGUGGUAUGCUGUCUUGGUUGGGAGUGCAAUCGGCGGCGGAGGAUGGUCGUCUUCGACAAUUGCGUUUUCUAUUGGCUUCUUCGACACCGACGACCACUCGGUUGGUACACUUACAGCUCGUCUGGCGACUGAUCCAAGCCAACUUCAAGAAAUACUGGGCACCAAUAUAGCUUUCGUGCUCAUUUCCAUUCUCAACGUCGCUGGCUGCUUGAUUAUAUCCUUCUACUAUGGAUGGAAACUGACCAUCGUCACGCUAUGCUCCUCGAUGCCACUCAUCGUGGCAGCUUCUUUUCUUCGCAUUCGACACGAAGCGCGAUUUGAGAAAAUGAACAAUGAGGUUUUUGCAGAGAGUGCCAAGUUCGCAACUGAGUCCAUCACUGCCUUCAGAACGGUUUCGGCUCUGACUCUAGAAGAUACCAUCAUAGAACGAUAUGAAACACUCCUCCGAGAACAUGUCCAGCAUUCAUUUGGAACGUCUAGUUGGUUUACCUUGGUAUUUGCCGUGGCCGACAGCAUCGCGCUUUUGUGCACGGCUUUUGUUCUCUGGUAUGGUGGAUCUCUGAUGCUCAAGGGCGAAUACUGGCCAUUCCAGUACAUGAUCGUUUACAUUGCUGUCCUUCAGGUAUGCUUACAUUGCGCUUACCCUGCGUCUCCAAUGAGGCCUUUCAUAUUGGGCCAAUCUUCUGAUGAUGACUCUGCGGGACAGGGUGGAUUGGGAGCAGGUCAAUGGCUGAGCUAUGGACCUAAUAUUGCAAAAGCGAAUGUUGCGGCAGAUAGGAUCCUUGAGAUGAGGGCCAAGGGCCAGGAAAACACAACGCACACUCCACUUGACCGAGGUAGCGUGGGCGACAAAGACAGUGGUGUUAGAGUUGAGUUCCGCGAAGUACGGUUCAGUCAAAUUGAUGCAGUACUGCUAACACCAGCCAAGGUUGAGAAAGACAUGUUUGCUGCUAUAGUCGGGCCUUCUGGUUGCGGGAAAACAACAGUGGUCUCACUUCUUGAAAGGUUUUAUGCCGUAAAUUCAGGCCAGAUCCUGUACAACGGAACGGACAUCUCGACCGUGUCCCUCGAAGACUAUCGCAGGGAUAUAUCUCUUGUCUCGCAAGAACCGAAUCUUUUCGAUGGGACAAUUAAAGAGAACAUACUACUGGGAGUAAACCCUGAUAGUACCACAGAGGAGCAGAUUCAACAGGCUUGUCGUGACGCCGAGAUCCACGAGUUUAUCAUGUCUCUCCCAGACGGAUACAAUACCGAGAUCGGAUCCAGGGGAGUGACACUGUCUGGGGGGCAGAAACAACGCUUUGCAAUUGCAAGGGCCUUGAUACGGAAUCCUCGCUUGCUACUCUUGGACGAAGCCACAUCCAAUCUGGACGGCGAUACAGAAAGGGCAGUACAGGCCGUCUUGGAAAGGACCAGGAAGAACAGAACAAUGAUCAUGGUAGCUCACCGUCUUGCUACUAUCCAGAACGCUGAUAUCAUUUUUGUUCUUGGAGAUGGCCGCGUGUUGGAAAAAGGAAAGCAUGCGGCACUGUUGAGGAUGCGGGGAAUCUAUUACCAGAUGUGUCAGGCUCAAGCGCUGGAUAGGUAG